GGGGAGCAGCGGGACUACAUUGACAGCACCUGGGGCUGCGGCUACCUGCUGGCCUCCUCCUUCGUCUUCCUCAACCUUCUCGGGCAGCUGACCGGCUGUGUCCUGGUGCUGAGCAGAAACCUCGUGCAGUACGCCUGCUUUGGACUCUUCGGGAUCAUAGCCCUGCAGACAAUCGCCUACAGCAUCUUGUGGGACUUGAAGUUCCUCAUGAGGAACCUGGCCCUGGGUGGAGGCCUGCUGCUGCUCCUGGCAGAGUCGCGCUCGGAAGGGAAGAGCAUGUUUGCGGGUGUCCCCACCAUGCGGGAGAGCUCCCCGAAACAGUACAUGCAGUUGGGGGGCCGGGUCCUGCUGGUCCUCAUGUUCAUGACCCUGCUCCACUUCGACGCCAGCUUCUUUUCUAUUCUGCAGAACAUUGUGGGCACGGCGCUGAUGGUCCUGGUGGCCAUCGGCUUCAAGACCAAGCUGGCGGCACUCACACUGGUCGUCUGGCUCUUCGCCAUCAACGUGUACUUCAACGCCUUCUGGACCGUCCCCGUGUACAAGCCCAUGCACGACUUCCUCAAGUACGACUUCUUCCAGACCAUGUCCGUCAUCGGGGGCCUGCUCCUGGUGGUGGCCCUGGGCCCCGGGGGCGUCUCCAUGGACGAGAAGAAGAAGGAGUGGUAAUGGCCCUGGGACCAGCGCUGUCCCCCUCCCCACCCCCUCCUCGGUAAAGGCACAGGUGUCUGGAGAACUUUUUAUCUGCAGACACCUGAAAACCAACGGCCAACCCUGCCGCGCACGGAGCCAUCGCUGCAUCCACGUACUCCAUGCUGGCCAAAUGUUCGCCCCGGCGCUAGCCCCAGGCCCGGGACCUUGGCUGGUGGUGGCCCCUCAGUCGUUUUUUUGUGUUGGAGUCUCUUUGUUGGGGUGGGUGGGUGGCAGGGAGGGGCGGGAGGCCUUCGAGCUGCGCUGUACUGUGAGCAGAUACAUUUGUGUAUCAGUCUAAGUGGUCUCCCUCAUUAUUACCUUCGAAGUUUACAUCCUUAGCCAAACGACAUGAUGGGGGUACUUGGGCUGGCCUGACCAGACAGCACCUCUGCCUGUAGGAAAAACCAGACAUUUCCAGAACCCAGAAAAGACGUGACACAGUAUUAGAGGGGGUCCCGUGUCAGAGCUGCAGCCCGUGGGGUAUGGAGGUUCCUGAGUGAUGUCCCACAGGCAGGGGAGGGGCCAGGCCAGCCAUCUGCUGGCUGCCCAGGAACCACAGGCUUGUUACCUCACACUUGACCUUUCCACCAAGCGCAGGCAGUCUGCCCACCUGCCCCUCGGGACAGCUCCCUCCCCUGCAACCUGCCAGAUGGCUCAAGAAUUCCUUUCUGCGAUGUGCGAUGCCUUACCGAAAUUUGCUUUGAAUCCUGUCUUUAAAGUUUUCUAACAUUGCCUUACACUGUGGUCCUCUUCUUGUGGGAGAACUCUAAUCUAAAGCUGGGUGGGUCAGUCUUGGGUGCCCUCCUAGCACUGGCUCUGGGGCAGGGGCUGGGGUGUCAAGUUUUGCCAAGCCGGGUCACAGGUGGGCCCUAACCAUGCCUGUGUUCCAGUAAGUUCCCGAGUGUCCCCACAGGGCCCGCUCCCACAGUGCAGGGGAAGACACCACAGCCCACUGGGUCAGUCAUGUGGAGGGGCCCUGUCCGAUCAGUGCCAUCGCCCCAUUGGUGGUAUUGGGCCCACUGCCUGGAUGGAAGUCACAAUGACCCAUUACCUUCGACUCAGCUGUCCCCUCUCCCAGGGCCCUUGACUGAUCUAUUGAUCUAUUAAUAGAUUCUGGCAAAACAAUUUCUGGGGAAAAAAAUUUUUGGCUUUACCGGGGAAAUAGGUAUAAAUCUCAUUUUAUGCUGUAUUUUAUAUCUUAGUUGUGUUUGAAAACGCCUUGAUUUUUGGAAGACACAUCAGAAAUAAAUACUGGCAUUUGU